CUAUCUUAUCUUGGUGAAACUUCAAGGGUCUCGGCUUAGCUCUAUGAUUCACCAUCAUCAUCAUCAUGGCUGCCGAAAUUCGGAGUGAGGACGAGCUAGGGAAGAAAUGGGACCGCUGUCUGGCCGAUACAAUCGUCAAAAUGGGCGGUGGUUUGGCUGUAGGUGUGGUGUUCUCUGUCUUUCUCUUCAAACGACGGCCGUGGCCGGUAGCUUUCGGCACAGGAGUAGGACUGGGGAUGGGGUAUUCCAACUGUCAACAUGACUUCAGGAACCCAAACCUUCUACAUGGAACAUUCGUCAAAAAAAUUGAGAAAGGAGAGAAGUAAUCAGACACCCCAAGUAGUGAUAGCAGCAUGACUCGGACCAUCUCUCUUCCUUAGGACUUUCCUCAUCACGUGAAGACAAUUUCUGGACACUACCCUUCCCCUAAAAAUUUGUACCUCUUAACUCUUCCUUUUGUCUCAACGUGUAACUAGAUCAUGCUUGAUACUAGAUGACUGUUACUGUUAGUAUUCUUUAAAAUGGUCCAGUGCCAUUGUACCUAAAUUAUGUUAAAGCAUCUUCUUGCUUGUGAAAUUACUACGUUUAAAGAUGAUGCUCUGAUGUUUUUCUCAAAAUAAGAAAAUUGAUGCUCAUUGACAAUAAUUUUUAUUGUCUAUCAUGUGUGAACAAGUAAUGUUUGAGGUAUUGACAGCCUGUAUUCACAUUAUGUAUUAAUGCUAGUAACAAGUUAUUCCUUGUGAUACAAGGCUCUUCUUCAACUGAAGACAUAAUAAAAAGUU